UCCAGAGGCUACAGAGGCUACAGACAGUCAGUCAGUCAGUGUGCAGGACUGGGCAGAGGAGCCAGACGCCCCUCCCAGGUCCAGGAGCUAUAAGAUCUGGCCCCCAGUCUGUCCAGCCUUCACCUGGAUUCAACAUGACUUUCGUAUCUCCACCAGGAUACCAGCCCAUCUACAACCCUUCCAUUCCCUACAUUGGACCCAUCUAUGGGAACCUGCGGCCGGGAAUGUCCGUGUACAUCCACGGAGAAAUCCCUCACAGGAUCACCAGGUUUCAUGUGAACCUGCAGUGUGGAAACUACGAGGGCUGUAACCUGGCCCUCCACUUCAACCCGCGCUUCGACGGCAAGGACAAGGUGGUGUUCAACACUUUCCAGAACGGGAACUGGGAGAGGGAGGAGAAGAAGAAGGAGAUGCCAUUCAGGAAGGGGGAGACCUUCGAGCUGAUCAUCAUCGUGAACCAGGAGGGGUACCAGGUCAAUGUAAACGGACGGGAGUUCUACAUGUUCCAGCACCGCAUGCCCUGCGAGCGAGUCGACACACUGGAGAUCGGGGGUGACGUCAUCAUCCAGACCCUCAACAUCAUCGGGGGGGGCGCGCCUCAAGGAGGAAUGCCUGGCUACGGGGGAGGGUUUGUCCCGCAGGGAGGGAUGCCAGGCUAUGGAGGACCGCAGCAGGGAGGAGGGAUGCCAGGCUAUGGAGGUCCGGGAGGGAUGGGGGGAUAUCCAGGAGGGAACCUACCGAUCAUGGGAGGACCAGCUGUCUACAGCCCAGUUGUCCCCUACUCCAGUAUGAUCCCAGGAGGUCUGACUUCCAAGAGAACUAUCAUUAUCCGAGGGAUGGUUCUGCCGGGGGGUAGCAGGUUCAACAUUAACUUCAUGGUGGGCUCCUCGCGUGACAUCGUGUUCCAUCUGAACCCGCGGAUCUCGGAGAACAUCGUCGUGCGGAACAGCUUCAUCGGGGGCAGCUGGGGGCAGGAGGAGAGGGAGCUCGAGUUUAACCCCUUCCAGGCAGGACAGUACUUUGAUAUGUCAGUGCGCUCCGGUAACCAGCGUUUCAAGGUGUUUGUGAACGGUCAGCACCUGUGCAACUUCAACCACAGGUUCAUGCAGUUCCAGCAGGUGGACACCAUGGAGGUGCAAGGAGACGUGCAGCUGUCCUACGUCCAGUUUUAGAAACCCCAGGGCUUGUUAAGUGAUUGUUCAGACGGGAAUCUUCUGCCUGACGAGCUUGUGCGUGGAGUCUGGAUAACAGUGUAGCUGGACCUCAGAAUAAUAGGUGCCUGCGUGAAGAACAAGCUCCACGACCUCUCUGUGGGCCAUGUCCCGUCUGGGCUCCUCCCCAAACCUGUGGCCUGUUCAUUUGCUUGUUGGGGAAUAGAAAUACAAAAAAUGAUCAUUAAAAUAUUGGGUGUGUGAUUCACAUAGCGAUAAAAUAUGGACACUUAAAUGUCUGACUUGCGUGAAAUGCGUUUAGAUCAAAUUUGGCCCAAUUUAAAUAAAAAUGUAAAGAAACA